CUAGCUAAUGUUUACAAGGAAGGACUCAAGUCUCCAUUAAUGUUCCACUUACUUACAGUUGAUACAGAAUACGCGGUCAAGACAUGAUGAAACCGUACGUGACGCUACUCUGUGUUCUCUCCUUCUUUGCAAAAUCAGGUCUCUCCCUCUCCUGCACGGUCUGUCUGGUGCAAGGUGCAACUUUCUGCACAGGGAACAAUGUGACGUGUGCCUCGGGAAGGGUAUGUGUGUCUACCCACACAGUAAGCAUGGAAGAUGGAGUGAAGAAGAGCGAGUACUUCGGAAGAACCUGCGCGCCGGAAACUCAGUGUGGGCACCCGGGAAUUUUCAGCACUUACAACAGCAAAUCAAAAAAGGGGAUUUCCUGUUGUUACAGCGAUAAUUGCACCCCUUCCCCUCCGCAGCUAUUACCAGAUAAUGAUGAACCCAACGGCUUGACUUGUCCUACCUGUAAGGCCAGUGGUGCUCAAUGGUGUGACACCGGGAUGACCAUGACUUGCACCGGAGAGGAGACGCGCUGCAUCGUACAAUACUCCAAAAUCACAGGACCUCCAGGAACAGAGACCAGCGAGCUUAUUCUCCGAGGAUGCGCCACCCCCAGUAUCUGCAGCAUUGGCAAUCAGACCCACCCCACCGACGGCCUGACUGCUGAGGUUCAGAUUUCCUGCACUGGAUCCGCCAACGGGCUUCACCGCCACUUCUAUCACCAUGGAAACAUGGCACUUUUUACCAUACUGCUUCUAAUUAUUACCUGAAAUGUAAGUUUGUAGCCAAAUAAAGACGCAA